AUGGAAACAGUGAAUUCACCCCCUUUGCAACGCAGCAGCAGCUCGACUUCUGGGUUAAAAAACCCUAAGAAGGAGCGUACAAUUCAGCGCAUGGACAAGGCCAUUCGCCGUCGUGUGAGAGGAAGCGUUACGUACAACAUGAAGCUAUUGAUUCGUGGUUCCAAGGGAACGGGUAAGACCUCUCUUUUUCAGCGACUUCAAGGUGACCCUAUUCCCGAGACGCACGAGACCACGCCCCAGCUUCAAUCUGCCACUAUCAAAUGGAAUUUCUCGCAGAAUUUGGAGGAAAACGUUAAGUGUGAGGUUUGGGACGUGGUCGACCAAGGAUUUGUUCCUGUAAAAGUAAGGAAGGGGGAUGAAGAAGUUGCCAUAAGACAAGAGGAUGCUAAUGCUGUGGGACAAGGAGGUCUACAAAGCCAGGAAAAUGUAUUGGGUGAAGUAAUUGUACCGGCUGAGCAUGAUAUUACUAUACAGAAUAAGGCCCACGCGAUGGCUGUUGUGGAUGCCUCGACCGUAAACGUGUAUCAUGAAGCUCAUGGAGUGAUCUUUCUGCUGGAUAUUACUAAGUGGGAUACGCUAGAGUAUGUAAAGCAACAGCUUGAUAACGUGCCAGUAGACGUUCCGACGUUGGUGCUGGGAAACUUUCGAGACCAAGGGACACAGAGAAAGGUAUUUAAAGAAGAUAUCGAGGAAAUGCUAUACGGGUCGAGUAUUCGGCCGCAACAACAACAGUGGAGGCGACCUACCGAGUUGCUAUAUUUUGAAUGCUCGUUAUUGAAUUGUUUUGGACUGAAAUCGUUGCACCAAUACUUUGGCAUCCCAUUUUUAAAACUUAAGUUGGUGACCAUCAGGAAUCAAAUGCAUAUUGUGGAAGGUGACUUGAUUCGCGUGAAUCGCGAUGUUCAAGCUACAAUAACAGAACAGCACUAUGCGGAGUAUGUGGAGCACAUUAAAACGACAAAAUCGGAUAUUCGGACUGGGAGACGUAGCUUUGAGAAGAAUAGCACACCACCAGGUGUAUCAUCCAACAACUCAGCUAUGUUAGCUUCUAACAAAAUUGAUCAAGAAAAGCCUGCGACGCUCCAGUAUAGCACGGAAAAUGGAAGCAAGGAAAAUAGUGCUAAGAUGUCUCCAAAAGCUACAACUUCUGAGACUUCACCACACGAGGUGACAGGAUCCCAAGACACGACGAAUUUACCUUCAAGAAUUAGCAGUGUCGUCGUAGGCACAGUGCCGUCAUUAAGGCUUCAACAGAAGGAAAGAGAAAUCGCAUCAGUUACAGGUCAUCCAACUGACACCAAUUUCGUGAAAACUGGAGAUACACAUUCACUUCUCUGCGAAACGAGCAUUGAAUCAGUGUCUGUAAAUAGUGCUAGUCCAAGCCGUUCUAGGAAGGCGUUGAUUGAAGACGUGAUUCGUCUUGAGGACUUCCAGGCGCCACGAUCGCGCUUUGGUGACCUUGAACAUUUUUAUUCGGAGGAUGACACUGAUCAAGAUAUCGGUGAUAACGAUGUGGAUGUAGCGGUGGCACCUGCGAAUGGAUUGAUGAAGGCAAGUACUAUUCACCCAUAUCACAAACAGUGUUUCCUUGACUCCGAUUCUUCGGACUCGGCUGAAGAGCUGACAAAUAUGCAGCGAAGACGAAAAGAUAAGACGCCUUACAAAAAUGGUUCACGUUACAGCGCAACCAAACCGUCGAAAAAUGCUACUUCCAAUCUGACAAGACCUCAUCUGUCUGCGAUGCGCUCAUCUUCUCAAUACUCGUGGUUAACUGAUGCCCCAUCAAUGGAGAGAAUCGCGCCGUGUUCAGCACGUUUGCAACCUAGCAGUCCAAUGAUGGGUUUUCAAAGUGUACCACGCGAGGAGCCUUCGCAGCAGCGGCCGUCGCUUUGUUUUACAAGCGAUACAGCUCUAACUUUGGCACAUCCUGCUGCCCCCCCUCCCGCUCCUGCGUCGGCUUCGUUGUCUCUUCACAUGGGUCCAAGAAUUAAGAGCGAAAACAACUCUGCAGCGCCACAUUCGGAAAUGCUUGUAUCGGUAUUGCAAGACGAGGGGAAAUUGAAAAACAGUUUUUCUCACGUGAGGAAGCUGAGCUUGCAGGAACAAUAA